AUGGGGAAUAGAUAUCCUGGGACCUUUUCCCAAGACCACGGGAUAGAAAAAGUUUGUAGUAGUAGCGGUGGAAUAUUUUUUGAAAUGGCCAGAAGCCGAAGCAAUCCCCACUAUCACAGCAAGGAAAAUGAUAGACUUCGUCUGGGGCAACAUCAUCUGCCGAUUUGGGAUACUGAAGAAGAGCUCAGCAGCAUUCUAUGGGCAUUUCGAACCACCCCUCGAACUCCAACGAAAGAAACACCUUUUGCACUGGCAUUUGGGACUGAAGCUGUGGUUCCCAUUGAGUUGCAAGUCCCCACUCACCGGGUUCAGUUCAACAAUGAAGACACUAACAGUGACAAGUUGAGAAGCAAUCUGGACGCCCUGGAAGAGAUUAGAGAUGAAGCGCAAAUAAGAACCGCGGCAUACCAACAGAAAGCAGUUCGUUACUAUAAUCAAAAGGUCAGGGAAAGGAGCCUGAAGGUAGGAGAUCUGGCACUGAGAAAGCUGAAGGCCACAGGAAAGCGAGCUGUAGUAGGAAAGCUAGCACCGACCUGGGAAGGCCCUUUCAGAAUAAUCAAAGUGGUCAAGGCAGGCGUAUAUUGA